ACAGCUGAUCGAAAGUUGGAAAUGUCACACAACAACAACUCACAUUUUCUUUUCCGCCUGUCUUUUGGAGUGUCGAAUUAUUACUCGAAUAUGAGAAUUAUAUGUUAAUUCAUAACAUUACAAAAACAUGUUCCUCGAGGGAUAUAGAGACCGGCUGUAUACAUCUCUUUCCUGAAAAACUCUGGCUCAUUAUUCGUGGGCUGAUGCAACGGGAAUCACAUGUUUCGGUGUGCGCUCGCACUUGCAGUAACAUCGCCACUUUAUCGCCUUUGUGAAAUCAGCGCGGAUUAUCCCGAUUUUGUAUCCCAUUGGGUCGAGCUAUUGGGUUUCGUUUUUUGGAUCUUUGGAGCGUUGCAUCUGUUUUGCUGCGCUGUUUCGGUUGCAAAACCAAAUUCGGCUGUAAAACGCUACGUCAGUACGAUGGGGCCUCUGCUGCCUGACGUCCAGAGGGACGAUCUGAUAUUUCCACCUCUGGCGCUGCCCAACCAGUGCUCCUUAAUGCGAAGCGUGUCCAAAAUCAACCACAUCUUCUUCAGUGAAUUUGAUAACGUUGCUGGACCAAAGAUAGUAUUCGAAGUUCCUGAAAAUAAAUUUACCACCACGGGGAUUUUCGACGAUCAGAUUUCUUCUUUUAUAAUUACCAAACCGGAACUAACGUCGAGCGUGCUGACAAUAACUGCCGGCGACUACAAAAUCCUUGGCUAUCCUGUUCUGAUUGAAAAUACGAAAUAUCAGCGUAAUGCCCUGAUAUUUAAUUUGUGCUUUGUCUAUGACUGUGAGGACGAUAUCCGGCCAUACGAAUCGAUCGUCAAGAAGCUUGGCGAAUAUCUCCGCACUGUCGAAGUCGAAACGAAUUUUUUAUCAAAACCGGAAUCAAAACGAACCCUCCCGCAGCUGAUGGAAAAACUCUUGCAUGAACUGAAUUCACUUGGGCGGUGUUCGAUUGCGAUAAAUAAGUCUAACACGUUGUUCCUGAAAGUUGUCCCGCCCGACCGGAAUUCAGACAUUGUCGUGCAUGACUAUGACGUCCCGGUGCUGGUGUCGGAUAUGAAAGGACUGAUUGCUCUGGAGAAGGAUUUAACCACAAAGCAGAUUGUACCACUGAUUGAUGGAACGCGGAGUGUCCAUCAGAUUUCGGACGAGGUGGAUGCCGAUGGAGAUCUGGUGAAAUCUUGCGUCCAGAAUAUGAUGUUCUACGGUGUGGCGAGGGUUGUGCCGGCGUUUAAUUUAUCCAAUGUGUAUCGCGUUACUCCUGCCAUUCGGAAAUUUCUCUGUGAUGCUGAAUUAUGUGAAAAAUGUAUCCAGUUUGUUGCACGCGAUAAGAAUGAUCCGCCUGGAAUUCGUGAUAUUAUGACUAUUUUGGGGGACAUGCAACAUGGUGUUGCGGUUGCUGACUGGUCAGCCAGGCACAGUAACAUCAUUCAGAAACUGGACCAAAAGAAACUUUGUGAUUUCGGGAUUCUGCAAGGAUUUAUACGACGAAUGUACAAGUAUCCGGUCAACAUUCGAUUCAAUCAUAUCAGUUCCCGGUCAAGAACCAUUCAGCGCUUUUUUAAUGGCACCACGCACACCGACGAAAUAAGAACGAAACCUGAAAGUUUAGCCGAUCAGAAAGAUCUGGAUGACAAACUCGAUGCCGAUGCCUCAAUCAGGAUUUGCUGGAAAUGAUCGAGAAAAUGUCAGUGCAGCUCACAAGUCCGUGAUCAGCACAGUUAUGCUGCAAAGUGUGAACAGAAAAUUACGUAAAUCAAAGGACGUACUCUUUGAGAAACUACGUAACCUACGGUAGGGUUUAUGCCUGCCAGACUGUAUCUUUUUAUGCAUGGUACAGAUAAAUUGGCCGGUGUCGGUGAUUCUCAUAUUGAGAACUUUGUGUAAAGACAUAAGAAGAUCUUUAUUCGGUGUUUCGGUGUAGACCGUUGAUUUGAUUGUGAUUAUUGAAACCAAAACGAUAGUGCAAA